GGUUGGUACAUCAUCCCUGGUCAGCGACGGGGCUUGGUUGAGUCCCCGGCACAGAGCACAGAAUAACAAUACUGACAGACGCGACCCAAGACAAGGGGAAGAUGGAGAACAGAGACACAGACUUCAAUAUAUUGCUAGCGACUGAUUCCUACAAGGUCACACAUUACAAGCAGUACCCACCCAACACUAGUAAAGUGUACUCCUACUUUGAGUGUCGUGAGAAGAAGACUGACCCCACCAAGACCAGGAAAGUCAAAUAUGACAAAACUGUCUUUUAUGGAUUGCAGUAUAUUCUCCACAAAUACUUAAAAGGAAAGGUGGCCACUCGGGAAAAGAUUCAGGAAGCAAAGGAGGUAUAUCGUGAGCAUUUUCAGGAUGACGUCUUUAACGAGAAAGGGUGGAACUACAUUCUGGAGAAGUACGACGGGCACCUCCCCAUCGAGAUCAAGGCGGUGCCGGAGGGUAGCGUGAUCCCACGUGGGAACGUCCUCUUCACCGUGGAGAGCACCGACCCAGAGUGCUACUGGCUCACCAACUGGGUGGAGACCAUCCUGGUCCAGAUCUGGUACCCCAUUACCGUGGCAACCAACUCCAGGGAACAGAAGAAGAUUUUGGCGAAGUACCUGAUGGAGACAUCAGGAAACCUGGAGGGCCUGGAGUAUAAGCUGCACGACUUUGGCUACAGAGGCGUCUCAUCGCAGGAGACUGCAGGAAUUGGGGCAUCUGCACAUUUGGUGAACUUCAAAGGCACAGACACUGUGGCUGGAAUUGGCGUCAUCAAGAAAUACUACGGCACCAAGGACCCCGUGCCCGGAUUCUCUGUGCCUGCAGCAGAACAUAGCACGAUCACUGCCUGGGGGAAGGAUCAUGAGAAAGAUGCCUUUGAGCACAUUGUGAAGCAGUUCCCCUCCGUUCCUGUGUCCAUCGUCAGCGACAGCUACGACAUCUACAACGCCUGUGAGAAGAUCUGGGGCGAAGACCUGAGGAGUCUCAUUGAGGCUCGCAGCCCCGAGGCCCCCCUCGUGGUUCGACCGGAUUCAGGAAACCCCCUGGACACAGUACUGAAGGUUCUGGAUAUUUUGGGGAGGAAAUUCCACCCUGCAGAGAACAGCAAGGGGUACAAAGUGCUGCCCCCCUACAUCCGAGUGAUCCAGGGCGACGGAGUGGACAUCAACACCCUUCAGGAGAUUGUGGAAGGCAUGAAGCAGCACAAGUGGAGCAUUGAGAACAUUGCAUUUGGAUCCGGUGGGGCGUUGCUGCAAAAGCUGACUAGGGAUCUGCUCAACUGCUCUUUCAAGUGCAGCUACGUGGUGACCAAUGGCCUGGGGGUAAAUGUGUUUAAAGACCCUGUUGCAGACCCCAAUAAAAGGUCAAAGAAAGGUCGCCUGUCCUUGCACAAAACACCAAGUGGAAAUUUUGUUACCCUGGAAGAAGGGAAAGGGGAUUUGGAGGAGUACGGUGUGGACCUCCUGCACACGGUGUUUCUGAACGGAAAGAUAGUGAAGACGUACACCUUCGAUGACGUCAGAGACAAUGCUAAGCUGAAGGACUGUGAGCUGGUGGAGCUCCUCCAGUGAACCCCAGCUACUUCACCACCCCCUGGGUACCUCCCCUCCCCACUCCACCCCUUCCCAAAGCACUCUUCUCUAAAGGACUGAAGAUGAUGACCCCACUGCACGUCACAACCAGGGCCCACUUGCUCAGAGACUUUGUAAAAGUACAUACACUUUCCUCUGCACUGUACAGAGUGAUUUAUGUUUUAAAUCGCAGAAUUUAUUCAUCUUUGUUGUACUGUUAGUGAUGGGACAUUAAAUCAUGAGAUAUUGCCACAGUUAGAUGAUUUAUAUUAUUGUAUAUAAAAACAAGUACUCUGCUGACCACAUACACCUUUGAACAAAAUAAAAUAAAUGUGUACAUUUACAAAAGUUUCUAAAAAAAUGAAAUAAGCUGUUCAGCUCUAGAUCGUAAAAAUAAUUGUUUAAUGUUGCUGAAUAUGAUCGCUGUGUAUGCCCACAAUUGCUACUUGUUAUUGAGGAUUAUUGUAUUUCUUAUGCAAAUUAUGUUGUUGAUUAGGGGAAAAUAACUUUUAAUUUUGGAAAAGGUUUGCCUUUUAUUUAGGAACUGGACCUUUUCCCUUUCACAGAUGCCAAAUACUAAUCUUAAUAUGGCCAAUUCUAUAGAAAUCUAACCUGAAAUGUAGCAGUAAGACUGUCUUAAGUUAAUAGCAAAUCCACAGUAUUAGUAUAGAAAUGAAAGUGUCUGUUGAUUUUUGUACAAGUACAAAUAUACUGCAUUUGUUUAUAUAUCUGUUUUCUAUCAUUUUAAAAACAAAUACUUAAGAGCAUGCCACGGUUUUAUUAAAUUAUUGAGAACCUAGAAUCAUUUUACUCGUUUGAUUUUGAUAUUUAGCAUUGUUUCAGACUAGUUUUUUUGGUUUGUUUUUAAAUGAAAGGUAAAUAUUGCUGGAAACUUAUCGGUCAGAUUCUUUUUACAAUGAAGUGGCCAAACAUUUAUCUUGUUCAAUGGGUAAUUAUUAGAAAGAGCUGGCUAGGUGUGGAGAAAUAGGUUUUUAUUAUUAUUUUAUUAUUAUUAAUAAAACAUUUUAUACCAAAAGAAAAUCAUCUAAAGCACUAAGCUGUGGUGUGACUGAUGUGCUUUUAGCUCCCGUAUACGUACUAAACUGUAUGAAUGCUGUAUUGACUGAUUGUAUGUGAAGAGGGUUGUUUUUUAUGUACUUGUGUUGUUUGUCCUUUCUUCCUAUUCUAGUGAAAUUUUGAAUAACAUUGCUGUGGCAUUCUUGUCAAAAUAUUAAAUUGACCUCCCAAUUUGCUGAAAUAUUUUCUUUUAUAUUGUAAACUGGAAAGAAAUGCAAACGCAUUCCCUCUCUCUAGCUGCUGAAGGAUAAAGAAUUCUGAGAUGUAUUUCAUCAGUCUUAAUGCACUAGCUUUUAAUCAGAUAGUGACAAAAUCACACUUUCAAGAAAAUAUAAUCUGUGCUAGAAACGUAUGUGUGAAGGUUGAAAUAAAAGAGCAAUAUCAGGUUG